CCAGCAGCAACCACAACCGCUCAAAGCACUCUGCAAGUAGACCGAGCAAGGGCAAAGCUUUGUGCAUAGCUAUAGCACGAUAACAAUUUACAGGUGGCCAUGAAGAGCAGCACGCUCAUGGUGAUCCUGGUUCUCCAGGCCGUCCUGGUCAUGGGGAUUUUUGCAGCUGUGGCUAAGGAGAAUGCUGUGGGAGAGAGCAAGGGCAACACUGAGACCAACGGUGGCAAGCUCAAGUGCUGCAGCAACUGCAACUUCUCCUUCUCGGGGCUCUACACCUGCGAGGACGUCGUCAAGAAGUGCGACCCCGUCUGCAAGAGCUGCGCCGUCGUCAAGACUCACCCUGUGAAGAAGUUCAAGUGCACCGACACCUUCCUCGGCAUGUGCGGCCCUCCCUGCAAGCACUGAAAUCCUCUCAAUCCAAACUCCAAUGUGCUGUGAGAGCAUGGCCAUGGUGCUUGAGUUCGUGCAUACGCAUGCCGUCCCAAGUUACAUGCCAACAAAUAAGCCGUUGUUUCUUAGAUAUAUGU